UAUCAGUCGCGUUGUUAUUAAGUUGCUUGUCACUUUGGCUUUACACCCUGCUCGAAGGUGCAUCGCGUUUCGUUUUGUGUCGGAUCCCAUUUUUGAGGAUAAGACAUCAUUCUGCUAGUUGGGGGAUGCCUCUACACCUGUGACUGUGUGACUGUGUUCAGCGACUAGGCGGGUGUGAGCAUCCGUUACGACAUCACCUCACGGCAUGCGUUCUGGUGGGAGCAGUACUUCCCACGUUGGGAGAUGCACACCUUCCGGGUCUUCCAACGCUUUGUGAGGCCGGGCGCGGUGGUCUUGGACGCGGGCGGGUGGAUCGGCAGCACCGCCUUGUGGCUGGCUGAGCGGGCACGGAAGGUGGUGGUGCUGGAGCCCGGAGAUCGAGCCUUCGAGGAGCUCCUUUUGCAUGUGGCGCAGAACCCCACGAGGCGGUCGCGGCUCUCGUUGCUGCGAGCAGCCUUGGGACCCAAGAGGGGCCUGGUGCAGAUGACGAACCGUGGCGAUUCCGCAGAUCAAGUCGGCGUCUUCGACCGGCAGGAGGGCAUCUUGAGCUCUGUCUUCGGAAUCAAUGACCUGCUCUAUGCCUUUCCCGAGUUGGAGGACGUCUCCUUCAUAAAGAUCGAUGUGGAAGGAAGCGAGCGUGAUAUCAUCCCUGCAAUGACAGACUUCUUGCGCCGAAAGCGACCAGUCAUGCUGCUGUCCAUCCAUCCGCAUGCAUUGAUGGACGAUGAACUCUCCAAGUUGAUUGGUGAACUUCGAGCGCUUUGCCCUCAGCUCUAUAGCUUUCAUUGGAACAUGAGUCGCUGGUGGCUUCGCGAUUUUCAGUUCACCUACCGACAAAUUGUGGCCAUGCCAGAGGUGGCUGAUCCUGCAGAUGAUGCUUUGUGCACUUGGGAGCCCUUGCCGGCUGACGCGCUUCAGGUGGAUGAUGAAUGAUGCUGUUUGCCCGUCGCGGGCCUGGGCCCUUCGUGAAGAGUCAGAGCUGGCAAUACCUGGCAUGCAAGUCAGCGCCGCGCCCUCUGCGCGGCGCUUGCGCCCUUCCAGCUCUUCGAUGCGACUGGAGCGGCUGCGGCCGAACGGCAAAAGGGUCCAAAGACGCGCGGCUUGUGGAGGGAUGAACUUGGUCCACCGAAGUAGACCGCAAGACAAGAAGGGUGCAAAUUGAAUGGAACCAUGUGACUGCAAAAUGGACUUCUGAAGUGAGUGAAGUGAAGCUGGCUCCCUAUAGUGGUCGUUCCAGGCUUCGUGACGAUCCAAAGUAGGAGGCCAUGAAUAGCGGAUGGCAGUGGUUGUUUCAGGCUCGAUGAUGAGCCAGAGGAUGCCACUUUCAAGAUGUGGGAACACCCCACCAAGAAACAUGAUGGAUGGACUUUGUGGAGAAGAGAAGCAGAACCUUGAGCAGAUGGCCAGCCGCAAGGAUGGUGAUCCUAAGAUGUACGUCAUUGUUGAGAUCAACAUCACUGAUUUGAUUUAAGAUUCGGGCGGUUGUUAUGCAAUCCUUUUCCAUGUUAUAGAACUGCGGAGGCCAGUUUCCCU